AAAAACGGAUUCUCUCGUACGACCCACCCGUUUGUCCCUCCCUUCUUCCCCUCCUCAAAACAUCCAUUAGAUAGAUUGUCGCUCGCGUUCGCCUGAGUUUUGCCGUCAUUAUUUUCCGGCCACCGACGGCAGUUUCCGAUCUACCAUGUCUUCCUCUGACGAUGACGACGAUGAAUACCUCGCUCAGUUUCUCGAAUCGGAAGUUCUCGCUGGAGGGUCAGAUCAGGAAAGUGAUGAAAGAGAAGAGGAACAGGAGAAUUUGGAACCGCAGCAGAAGAAGUUACGAACAGAUUCAUACGAAGAUGUAAUAAGUACUUCGAUAGAACCUUCAUCAGUGCUGAAAUCUGGUCCAGAUUCGUGUUCAGAAAGUCGAAAUCUUGUGAACAGUCGAGCAGUCCCGAGGAGGAUUCAUACAGGGAUUUUUAGCAAGAUUCCUCCUGAAAUCUUUCAUCAUAUCCUCAAGUUUCUAUCUUCAGAGGAUCUUGUUUCAUGCUCGUUGGUCUGUAGAUUUCUAAGUUUUGCAGCUGCUGAUGAAUCUCUGUGGCGUAGGCUGUAUUUGUUGCGAUGGGGUCUGUUACCACCUACGAAGAAGUUGCGUAAAUGUCCUUGGAAAAGUCUUUACAUUCAGCGUGAUGAAGAGGACUUGGUUGAAUCAGUGAGGAGUUGCCCGCCUGAGUUCAAAGAAUACUAUGUUCAGAUGCAUGAAUCGAAGAGAAGCCAAGCACCUCUCCUGUCUCAGGUGAAUGAUAACCGAUUCAUUCUCGACAAGACAGUUGCUGACCAAAUAUCAUUGUGGAAAAGUAGCAAAGGGCUAUCGGAUAAAGUGAUAACUGACCAUGCAUGUUCAGGAGAAACCUGUACUUAUUACAUUAUUGAGAAUGCAUUUGUUUGUGAGAAGACAGGAAAUGUUCAUGUUUGUGAUGAUAACUGCCGAGAGACCAUUCUGGAUCCUUCGAACGAGCUUUUUGUUUGUACUAUAUCUGGUUACUGCUCCGACAGGCUACUCUCCCCAGCUGAAAUGGAACCAGACACUGAAAUGCAGCAAUCGGGUGCUGAUGAAGCAGAGCCAUUCAUGGGUUCUGGCCGGUUUGCUCGAGCUUAUCUUCUGGGUUAUAAUUGUGCUGACGAGAAGGAACUUGAGCAAUGCUUGCGGUUUUGUUGAUUUACUUACAAUCCUAUCUAAUACAUCUUUUUAUUUUUCAUACGUCUGGAUUGAAUAUCUUGUUGUUGUUGUUGUUCUUUUUAUUGCUGGUAUUUGUUUCUUUGAACCUAGUGAGUAGUAGCAUUAAUAUUUAAUGUCAUAUCUGCCUUUGAAGCUAGUGAGUAGUAGUAUUAAUGCCAUAUCUGCCUAUAUGAUCUUAUGUAAUUAAAGAACAAAGGUUAUAAUAAUGUUAUGUUUUCCAGAA